UUCAGUUGCAAAUAACUUGCAGUCGCUGCGCGUUCCCAAUACCGAAAGUGGGAAUCGAUACUGUCAUUUUAAGUAACCACUUUCUCCGGACCAUACAUUAAAAUUUAAAACUUGUUUACUAUGUUCAUUGACCGUAUAGCUAAAUUCAGACUCGGAACAUUGUUACUGGACAGCAGUUAAAUAGAUGGAAGUGUCAUGCUUCACUAGCAAUAACAAUUGGAAAGCCUAACGAAACUGUUGUUAUACUAAUCUCCAAUAUAUAACAUGUCUAUGUCCCUUAAGUUGUUAGUGUCAAGUAUUUUUAUAUUAGUUUCAUCUUGCUCCGCAAGACAUGGUAAUAUUAUUUCGAAGCAAGACCGAUCAUAUGACGUCAUAAACUUCAGAAUACCGAACACGAUUUGGAAAGAAGCGUUAAACCCAACGCCAGUUCUUAAGUCUCCUGUUACUAUAACUGUACCAAUAAAUGUAGCUGAAGAAGAAGACGAAAAUGAUAUUGAAGAUAUAGAAAAUGAGGCAACUGAAGUAAACGUCGUAGUAGAUUCAACUCUAAUUACCGAGGCACCAAUAGAAGAAUUACCAGUAGCGACUGUAUCACCAGCAACUGCUAAUGUGACUCAAAAACCGGUACUACAAGAUGAAAUCACACCGGAGCCAACUCAGGAAGUGGAUGGUCAAGUCACGAGAUUUCCAUGUACUUGUGCUAGCGGUCAGUGUGGUUGUUGUACCGGAACUAUCCUGGAACGAUUUAGAAUGAAGGCAUGUGGAAAUAUAUCUUUUGUACCCAAAGACUUUGUUUUUGAUGUCAGACUAACUGUUAACAACAAUACAGUUGUUCGGAGACGAGUUUCAGCAAGUGACCCACCUCCAAUUUGCUUCAACCCUAGAAGAGCACCAUUUGUCAGAGUUUGCGCAGAAAUUAGCAAUAUUCGAAUCCGAAACGGAAACGCCUUUGCUUGCUUAGAUAUAAAUGCAGACAUUGGAGGGUUUCCGGUUUAUUCAGCUUCAUUCAGAUGUUUUGGCUUAGGAUCAUCUGGAUUGCAAACUGGUUUAAAACCCAAGCCAGUAUCUUCAGGUCCUAAACCAAUAAGCCUUUUUGGAAGUGGUACCAAUAGCAAUGAAGGUACUUUACUUGAUGCAGCGGGUUCCCUUAUUGGUGGCAACGGUAAUGGUAUUUUUGGAGCCCCGGGAGGCGGUAUUUUUGGUGGAGGAGACGGUCCUUUAGAUGCUAUAGGUAAUGCGGUUGGUGAUUUUUUCGGCGGAAGAGAAAAUCAAUAAAUAUAUUUGAUUUUGAAAUUAUAUUUAUUAAAAUUGUUUAUAUGCAGUACUUAAGUAAAUUAUUUUAGUUUUUAAUAAAGUAUUUAUUU